AUGACGACAUUAGAAGGGGUACCUACAUAUGGCGACUCCCAGGAGACCACUGCAAUCGUGGAAGGCGAUGCUCCCCGUCGCGUGCCGCGGGCACCUCCGCACCCUGCCUCGGUCAAAAUCAAUGUCGAGGGCGCUUUCAUUGUCAACGACGAGCGAGACGACAGGAAUGGUACGGGAAGCGAAUACGUGCAUCGGGAGUACAAGGACAUCAGGCUGCCACAUCACACGGACGUGGUUAGCCAUGUCGCUGUGGACAUCGGUGGCUCCCUCGCGAAACUUGUCUACUUCUCGCGCGAAACAGGGUCAACCCACGGUGGCGGUCGCCUGAAUUUCGUGAACUUCGAGACCGACCGACUUGAUUUGUGCAUCGACUUCAUUCAAGAGCUUAAACAGACACAAUCUAAACUCAAUGGGUCAACCCCUCAACAACUGUGCGUCAUGGCCACAGGAGGAGGAGCGUACAAGUUUUACGAUAGGAUGAAGGAAGUUCUUCAUGUGGAUGUGAUUCAAGAGGAUGAGAUGGAGUGUCUUAUCAUCGGACUCGACUUCUUCAUCACAGAGAUCCCCCGCGAAGUCUUUACCUAUAGCGAAGAAGCGCCCAUGCAAUUCGCCGAAGCUCGCGCGGAUGUCUAUCCAUAUCUUCUGGUCAACAUUGGUUCGGGCGUUUCCAUGGUAAAAGUGUCUGGUCGUCGAGAAUUCCAGCGCGUGGGCGGUACAUCACUGGGUGGCGGAACGUUCUGGGGGAUACUUUCCUUGCUGACCGGCGCCCGCACGUUCGACGAGAUGCUCAGAUUGGCCGAAAAUGGUGACAAUGCCGGGGUCGACAUGCUGGUGGGCGACAUUUAUGGCACAGACUACGGCAAAAUUGGCCUGAAGAGCACCACUAUCGCCAGCACUUUUGGCAAAGUGUUCCGGAUGAAGAGACUGGCUGAAAGGAAUGCCGAGGAUGGAGAAGGCUUGUUCAAUGGUGACCAUGGGGAUGACAAUCACCAACUCGGAGGCUUCAAGACCGAGGACAUGGCACGGAGUCUGCUGUAUGCGAUCUCCAACAACAUCGGUCAAAUUGCUUACCUACAAUCCGAAAAGCACAAUCUGCAACACAUAUACUUUGGGGGGUCCUUCAUCCGAGGGCACAUUCAGACGAUGAAUACACUUUCCUAUGCCAUCAAAUUCUGGUCUCAAGGCCAGAAACAGGCGUACUUUUUGCGGCAUGAGGGCUACCUGGGCGCCGUUGGAGCCUUUCUCAAACGCCAACCAAGGAAUUGGGGACGCCGCAAUAGUUUUGACGACGUCAAACUUGGCAAGGUAUUGUCAAGAGAAUAG